GCCCUGCUAGUACAGAGUCUUUGAGGACAUUAGAAAAUGUGUGCCUUUCUGGAUGGACAUAGUCCCUGGUUUGGUGAGUCGACCGUGCGUGGGACUUCAGCUCUUAGGUACCACCUUAGCUGGGUGCACUUGUUUAGUAUGCGGAAUACACCUUCCAUGCAUGGUGGCCUAGGAUAUAUCUGCACUGCUCAAUCUAGGGCAGUGUUGCCUCCCAGGGGACAUUUGGCAAUAUCCGAAGAAAUUUAUGAUGGUUAAAACUGAACCAGAGAGGGUAGGUGCUACUGUCAUCUAGUGGGUAAAGGCCAGAGAUGCUGCUAAACACUCUGCAGUGUCCAGGACAACUCCUAACAACAAAGAAUUAUCCAGCCCCAAAUACCAAUUGUGCUGAGAAACCCUGGUGUCUGCAAACCUUUCAGGCUUAAGGGGAAAGGCGGUGAGAGAGGAUGAUAGCUGGAGGUGGGUGGACCUGAGAACAGUCUCCUUACAUACUUUGCUGCAGUCUCAUUUGCUUGUGGCAGUUUUCACCUUGCCUCUCCCACCUCUCUACCAUAGAACUCUUAUUCAUCACGUUGUAGGUUUCAUCUGUUUAUUCUUAUGUAGCCAUUUUCACUAUUCCCUCUCCCACCCCCACUCUCCCUGAGCAGUAAAUUCUGUGCAAUCUUGUGUCCUUAAUUUCUGUUUCUGGGCACACUGUAAAACAUCUGUAUUUUAAUAGUAUCUGUCAGGAAAUUCUAUUUUGGCAACCAAGUACGGGCUAAUCUAAAGUAGCCCAUACUUCAGUGCUGUGUUGAUAAGGCUUUAAUGCACAGUUAGCCCCUUGACUGUCAGGCUUGGAAAAAAGACAGGAAGUAUUCCUUGUCUUUGGAAAGCAGCCUACUCUGGCUUUGGGAAGGAAAGAGUACAAAUGGUUCUCACCAGAUAGGGUUGCAGCAGCUCUCCCAGCAUUUUGGGAACAAAUCAGGUCAUUAUCUCAACAAUGUCAAAACUGUGUUCCCAGAUCAGUUGUUGUUUGAAACAUUUGGGGCUGAUAGGAGAAGAAUUAAUUAGCAGCUCCCUCUCUUGGUGUUCUUUUUCAGCCUUCUCAAAUUGCAGCACGAGAGUCCCUUAGACAUGCUGGCUGCUCAUUUGGUAAUCUGUAUUUUGCUCAGUACAAAAGGUUGCCGGCUAAGUUUUGUGAGCCCCUCUAAUGUCAGGCUGACAGUGUCUUGGGUUCAAUUAACAAGAACGUUUACAGUAACAUUUUGUCAAUGGGGAAGGACUUGAAUUCACAGAACUGUCUUGGAAAGCCCUGGAAUGAUGGUCACUAUACUGGAUGGACUUCUGAACUAGUGAAUUACUUUCAUCUUUUGAUCACACUAGGAAAUUGUGCAUGGAGUUGAAAUAUUUAUUGCAGUAAUUUCUGACCUUACAUAAUUAAGGUUGAAUGCCUUUGAGAACUUGAUGCAUAAAAUUUGCAUGACUCCUCACUCCUUUCUGGAUCUAUCAUUGGGCUCAAGCCAGCAUGGCUCAUACCACAAAGGUUAACGGCAGUGCCUCAGGAAAAGCAGAUGACAUUCUGAAUGGAGACCAGGACAAGGAACAAAAAGACCCUUACUUUGUGGAGACCCCCUAUGGUUAUCAGCUAGACUUAGAUUUCCUCAAAUAUGUGGAUGACAUACAGAAGGGAAACACCAUCAAAAGACUGAACAUCCAGAAGAGGCGGAAGCCAUCCGUGCCAUGCCCAGAACCCAGGACCACAUCUGGUCAGCAAGGUAUAUGGACUUCCACAGAAUCCCUCUCAUCCUCCAACAGUGAUGACAACAAGCAGUGCCCCGACUUCCUCCUAGCCAGAAGCCAAGUUACGUCAACUCCAAUCUCAAAGCCACCUGCCCCUCUGGAGACCUCACUCCCUUUUCUUACCAUCCCAGAAAAUCAACAGCUGCCACCUCCCUCACCACAACUCCCAAAGCAUAACCUUCAUGUCACCAAGACACUGAUGGAGACCCGGAGAAGACUGGAACAGGAGAGAGCCACCAUGCAGAUGACACCAGGUGAGUUCAGGAGGCCCAGGCUGGCCAGUUUUGGAGGCAUGGGCUCCACAAGCUCCCUCCCCUCUUUUGUGGGUUCUGGAAACCACAAUCCUGCCAUACACCAGCUUCACAAUGGAUACCAAGGUAAUGGGGAUUAUGGUGGCUAUGCCCCAGCUGCUCCCACCACUUCCUCCAUGGGGAGCUCCAUCCGCCACAGCCCCCUGAGCUCAGGGAUCUCCACCCCAGUGACCAACGUGAGCCCUAUGCACCUGCAGCACAUCCGUGAGCAGAUGGCCAUUGCUCUGAAACGCCUGAAGGAACUGGAGGAGCAGGUGCGAACCAUCCCUGUGCUCCAGGUAAAGAUCUCUGUCUUGCAAGAAGAGAAAAGGCAGUUGGCCUCACAGCUGAAAAACCAAAGGGCUGCAUCCCAGAACAAUGUCUGUGGUGUGAGGAAGCGGUCCUACAGUGCAGGGAACGCCUCCCAGCUGGAACAGCUCUCCCAGGCCCGAAGAAGUGGCGGGGAACUAUACAUCGACUAUGAGGAGGAAGAAAUGGAGAGCGUAGAACAGAGCACCCAGAGGAUAAAGGAGUUCCGACAGCUUACAGCAGACAUGCAAGCCCUGGAGCAGAAGAUCCAGGACAGCAGCUGUGAGGCCUCCUCAGAGUUCAGGGAGAAUGGAGAGUGCCGGUCUGUGGCUGUGGGUGCCGAGGAGAACAUGAAUGACAUCAUCGUGUACCACAGAGGCUCCAGGUCCUGUAAGGAUGCAGCUGUAGGGACACUUACUGAGAUGAGGAAUUGUGGGGUCAGUGUGACAGAAGCCAUGCUUGGAGUGACAACUGAAGCUGACAAAGAAAUUGAGCUGCAACAGCAGACCAUAGAAGCCUUGAAGGAAAAGAUCUAUCGCCUAGAAGUACAGCUUAGAGAAACCACCCAUGACCGGGAGAUGACUAAACUAAAACAAGAGCUGCAGGCUGCUGGAUCGAGGAAAAAGGUUGACAAAGCCAUGAUGGCCCAGCCACUUGUUUUCAGUAAGGUGGUGGAGGCGGUGGUGCAGACCAGAGACCAAAUGGUCGGCAGUCACACAGACCUGGUGGACACGUGUGUUGGGACCUCCGUGGAAACAAACAGUGUAGGCAUCUCCUGCCAGCCCGAAUGUAAGAACAAAGUCGUAGGGCCUGAGCUGCCCAUGAAUUGGUGGAUUGUUAAGGAGAGGGUGGAAAUGCACGACUGUUGUGCUGGGAGGUCUGUGGAAAUGUGUGACAAGAGUGUGAGUGUGGAAGUCAGCAUCUGCGAAACAGGCAGCAACACAGAGGAGUCUGUGAAUGACCUCACACUCCUCAAGACAAACUUGAAUCUCAAAGAAGUGCGGUCUAUCGGUUGUGGAGAUUGUUCUGUUGACGUGACUGUCUGCUCUCCAAAGGAGUGUGCCUCCCGGGGCGUGAACACUGAGGCUGUUGGCCAAGUGGAAGCUGCCGUCAUGGCAGUGCCUCGUACCGCAGACCAGGACACUAGCACGGAUUUGGAACAGGUGCACCAGUUCACCAACACCGAGACAGCCACCCUCAUAGAUUCCUGCACCAACACUUGCCUAAGCACUUUGGACAAGCAGACCAGCACCCAGACUGUGGAGACGCGGACAGUAGCUGUAGGAGAAGGCCGUGUCAAGGACAUCAACUCCUCCACCAAGACGCGGUCCAUUGGUGUUGGAACAUUGCUUUCUGGCCAUUCUGGGUUUGACAGGCCAUCAGCUGUGAAGACCAAAGAGUCAGGUGUGGGGCAGAUAAAUAUUAACGACAACUAUCUGGUUGGUCUCAAAAUGAGGACCAUAGCUUGUGGGCCACCACAGUUGACUGUGGGGCUGACAGCCAGCAGAAGGAGCGUGGGGGUUGGGGAUGACCCUGUAGGGGAGUCUCUGGAGAACUCCCAGCCCCAGGCUCCACCUGGAAUGAUGACCGGCCUGGAUCACUACAUUGAGCGCAUCCAGAAGCUGCUGGCAGAACAGCAGACACUGCUGGCUGAGAACUACAGUGAACUGGCAGAAGCUUUCGGGGAGCCUCACUCACAGAUUGGCUCCCUCAACUCUCAGCUCAUCAGCACCCUGUCGUCUAUCAACUCUGUCAUGAAAUCUGCAAGCACUGAAGAGCUGAGGAACCCUGACUUCCAGAAAACCAGUCUGGGUAAAAUCACAGGCAGUAAUUUGGGAUAUACCUGUAAGUGUGGAGGCCUUCAGUCAGGAAGUCCCUUAAGCUCCCAGACAUCCCAGCCUGAGCAAGAAGUGGGGACUUCAGAAGGAAAGCCAAUCAACAGCCUGGAUGCCUUCCCCACUCAGGAAGAUACGCUGUCUCCAGUGAACCUGACAGACGACCAGAUCGCCGCUGGCCUCUAUGCAUGUACAAACAAUGAAAGUACACUGAAGUCCAUCAUGAAGAAGAAAGAUGGUAACAAAGAUUCAAAUGGCACGAAAAAGAAUCUUCAGUUUGUUGGCAUUAAUGGAGGGUAUGAAACAACUUCAAGUGAUGAUUCCAGCUCAGAUGAAAGCUCUUCUUCCGAGUCAGAUGACGAGUGUGAUGUCAUUGAGUAUCCUCUUGAAGAAGAGGAAGAGGAGGAGGAUGAAGACACUCGGGGAAUGGCAGAAGGGCACCAUGCAGUUAAUAUUGAAGGUUUCAAGUCUGCCAGGGUGGAAGAUGAAAUGCAGGUUCAAGAAUGUGAACCUGAGAAGGUGGAAAUCAGAGAGAGGUAUGAAUUAAGUGAAAAGAUGUUGUCUGCAUGCAACUUACUGAAAAAUAAUAUAAAUGACCCCAAAGCUUUGACCAGCAAAGAUAUGAGGUUCUGUCUGAACACCCUCCAGCACGAGUGGUUCCGCGUGUCCAGUCAGAAGUCAGCCAUUCCAGCCAUGGUGGGGGACUACAUAGCUGCUUUUGAGGUCAUCUCCCCAGAUGUCCUCCGCUAUGUCAUCAACUUGGCAGAUGGCAACGGCAACACAGCCCUCCAUUACAGCGUGUCCCACUCCAACUUCGAGAUUGUGAAGCUGCUGUUGGAUGCCGAUGUGUGUAACGUCGAUCACCAGAACAAGGCAGGCUACACCCCUAUCAUGCUGGCAGCCCUCGCCGCUGUGGAAGCAGAGAAGGACAUGCGGGUUGUGGAAGAACUCUUUGGCUGCGGGGAUGUGAACGCCAAAGCUAGUCAGGCGGGACAGACGGCCCUCAUGCUGGCGGUCAGUCACGGACGGAUAGACAUGGUGAAGGGCCUGCUGGCCUGUGGGGCUGACGUCAACAUCCAGGAUGACGAGGGCUCCACGGCCCUCAUGUGUGCCAGUGAGCAUGGGCAUGUGGAGAUCGUCAAGCUGCUGCUGGCCCAGCCCGGCUGCAAUGGUCACCUGGAGGACAACGAUGGCAGCACUGCGCUCUCGAUCGCCCUGGAAGCAGGACACAAGGACAUCGCUGUUCUUCUGUAUGCCCAUGUCAACUUUGCAAAAGCCCAGUCUCCGGUCAGUGUUGUGCAUUUGGCAUUUGUAAAUAGGCUGAAAUCCACCAGACUGGUGGACCCCCUUCCUCCAGGAACUGACAGGAGACAGAUUUUAUGUUGAUUCAGAAAAUGGAAGUUUUAGUCUGGAGCUUAAGAGUUCUUCCUUUCUGCCUCUGCCCCUAAAGGGCAGGAGAACUGUUUUAGCAGAGGCUGGGCCCUGCUGGUCCUUGCAAGACAGAUGCUCUCACAGCUUCCCAUAGAGGUUUUGAUUCUGUUUAGAAAUAUCCAGAUAGCACCCUCCGAGCCCAUGGGGUUAUUUCACCAUGGUUCUGGCAUUGUUACUGAAGCAGAUGGCAGGCAGCCUGUAGUCCACAGUUCACUCUGAGUGGGAAGGUGACUUCCCAGGACAGCCGGACAUAGCAGUGCUGAGCCCAGCUGGCCUUGGAGCUGUGGACACCUGUUCCCUCUUCUCAGAGCUCUCCUGGCUCGGGCUCACAGCUGGUUGUUGGCUGUGGUGGGCCAAGAUCCUAUGUCACAGGGUACACAUCUGCCUGAGAUCACUUAUUAACCCCCAGUUUUUUUCCUUUCCUGGUCUCUAGGGCACCCCUAGGCUUGGAAGGAAGACGUCUCCUGGCCCCACCCACCGAGGUUCAUUUGAUUGAUUGUAUGCAAAUAGCCCUCAUUUACAUGCCACCAUUAAGCUGCUAAUUGUUCCUGUUGGGGUGACAGAUACUGAAUGUAUAUGUAUUGUGCCUGAGCUCACCAGCAAACGGAAGCAUCAAGCCCAGGGGUAAAGGCUGAAGCUUUCAUAGUGCAGGAGAUUGCCAGCCUGGGCACGCGCGCCUCCUUUCUGGCCAUCUUCUCUCUGUGUAGGGCACACUUUAACCCAGUCUCUGUUGCUGUUGAGUCUCUGCUCCGUUUUGUACAGUCAUAGGAAAUUCUGACCUGAUCUGAAGGGGCACCUUCUGUUCACUCCCACAAAGAAGUGUCAGGUUCUCAUUGAGAAGUUUUAAAAUUUUUCCUCAAAUAUUUACAUUUAUUAAAUGUGGAACUAUUAGGAAGCUCUUCCAUAAAUCUCAUUUCAGCAUAGUUUUGAUUUUUUUCUUAUUUUAAAAUAAGGAAGUUGAGAUGACUUUGAUUAUCGGUAACUUGGGCCUGGGGUAGACAAAACUCUCAAAGUAUAAAACUUACAAAAGAAUAUUCUCAUUUGGUUUUAUCUAGGUAGAUGUAAUAUAUGACUUUUUAUAAAAAGAGUAUCUAUAUGAAAUUGACACAGUAUUUUCAACUUUUAUAGUCCAUACUAAAGAUAUGAAGAACUACAUGUAACAUUAUCAUUUUUAUUAAUUGCACAACUCUAAUGAUAAAGGUUGGAUUGUGUUAGAGGAAUUGGCUCUUGUAUUUGCCUCUAGAGAAACAUGGUAUAGUUCUCUUUGUAUUUAUGGAUUCCUUUAUACCAUGUCACAUUUCCUUUGGUCCUCUAUGUAUUUAAAUGUUUGAAGUGCCUUAGACUCUUGCCAUAUUUUCAAAAUAAAAUUUCAUUAAGCUCU